AUGCUCUCCAAAAUCCUAUCAGUUCUCUUCUUGCUAGGGCUGAUAGGCAAUGUUCUGGCAAUCAACUCCCUUGGUGUGGUAAGGGACACUUCUAUGGGCAAUAAAGUCAAGGCAUUCAGCUCAAAGUGUACCGUCAAAACCAAACCAGAGGAUGCAGAGUUUCUGUUAAUGAUCAAAACCGCCUGGCAAGAAAUGAACUCUUCAUUCACCGGCAACGAAAAACGAAGACGUAACGAGAUUCCAUUUGCAAUGAUUGGACUCUCUAUCGAUGAUGAACUCUACUUUUCUUCUUCUGUCAAGGCAGGCAGUAAUGAAAUUGUCUAUCAAACGUCGACGAUCAAAGGUGGAACCGGCGAGUUGAAGAAGCUUCCAAGCAGAUACGCUGAGGUCACCGAGGCUCUGACAAACUGUACCAGAGACAAUCCGGGCAAAGGAACUCAGCACGGCAACUCAGCGGCUUGUGGCGAGAUCAUGUCCACCAUCCUGUGGAUGCAUGACCACGAGGGCAAAAUUCCACGUGCCUACAAACCCAAGGUCGCUGCCUGGUCUCCGUACGGCUAUCUUCCUCCUUGCUCUUCGAAGGAAGGCGAUAUCACGUGGGGGUGCCACCAAUGGACGGCAAAGAUGGGAUAUACGGUGGUUGGCAACCUGACGCUUCCUAACCAAUUCACUCAACCAGAGAAGUGCGAAAGUCUCUCGUUGAAUACUUGUUUGAAAAUUGAUGAAGAGUCCGAAAAUGGCAAAGGCAAAGUCAAAGGUAAAGGCAAACAGUGA